CGGAUUUCAAUGUAUUUGCCAUCUUUCUCUCAGACCUGAUCGCAAAAGGCCGGCUUUCGCUGUGUUUCUUCGCUGUCUACAUGAUUUAAUCGUCGGAGUUGGUAUAAUACGACUGCCCAGGUAACUAUCCCAGUAUUCUGCCGAGUACUAUUCACAAUCAGGAAAUAAUGUUACGCUCGUCAAGAUGGGUCAACGAGCAUGUCAAACUUUCUCCAUGUCUUCGAGUAAGCGCUGGUAUUUCGAACUCCUUUUCCAAUACUCAACAUACCCACCUGCUCCAGAUCAUAGCGGAGAAUUCAACCAUCUUUAGCCAUGCACAUUCUCUCGGCUUGAUCCCAACAAGGGGGGAACAAAAGCCGCAGUUCACCAAGCUUGCACAUCAUCAACAUGGCGGAGUAUACUACGAGAAGCCUCACAUUCCACGAUGGAUUUGCCUCAUAUCAUACAUGAUGUGAGAACUAGGCUGUUGGUAAUAAGCACGAAGCCGAAGCCGGGAAGAAGGGUGAGAUCAAGCAUCGCAAGCAUGUAUCUUGGCUAACUGCGAGGGGGGUCGUGGUCUCUAAGUCAAUCGUAGGUGACUGGGUGUUUGUGAGUGAUAUACCCAAGCACGACGGGGUAGUAUGAUCAGAGCGUGGUAUAUUAUUUAAACGGCAUUAAGCUUAUUAUUUGGGCCAA